AUGGGUCGCGUCCGUACCAAGACCGUCAAACGCUCCGCCAAAAUCAUCAUCGAGCGCUACUACCCGCGUCUCACCCUCGACUUCGAGACCAACAAGCGCGUCUGCGAUGAAGUCGCCAUCAUCGCUAGCAAGCGUCUGCGCAACAAGGUGGGUACCCACCCGAUGAGACGCAUCCAGCGCGGCCCCGUCCGCGGCAUCUCCUUCAAGCUGCAGGAGGAAGAGCGCGAACGCAAGGACCAGUACAUCCCUGAGGUCUCGGAGUUGGAUAUCACCCAGACUGAAGAGGGGAAGCUCGAGGUCGAUCAGGAGACGAAGGAGUUGCUGAAGAGCCUCGGGGUAGGUGAUCCUGCGCUUUUGUGGCUAUGGAUGCUAACGUGGAUACGGGCUGUAGUUCGAUGCGAUUCCGGUUAG